CAAUUUCUAUUUUGAAUUAUUUUUUAGUUAUAAACAUGGACCUUACGAAUUUAACAAGUGUUAUAUUUAACGAUGUAGUUAACGAUACACAUGUGUGCUAUCAUUUAGUUUAUCCCAAAAAUUUUAAUCUGGUGAAAAAGACAAAAAUCGUUCCGCAAAUUAGCGGACAAACCAUAUCUAAGAAACGAAGACGUCGCGGUAGACCGCGAAAAUCGGACGACGAACACCGUGUGACCGAUGAAACCGCCAUUGAUGACAAAUCGGAUGAUAACAUUGUUCAGUUCAAAAGCACUAGAUAUGGUAGAGUGUCAAGACCACCGAAACAUAUGAGUAAAUUUGUUGAUAUCAAAGAUGCAAGAGUAUCUGCCACAACGGCACACGAAAUCCAAAAUUCAGAACCUCAAUCCGUUCCCGAACCGAAAAAAAUUCGCAAAAAUGUUGACAAAUUCACUUGUGGUGUUUGUAAAAAGGUGUAUUUGGGACGAAAAAAACUGCUUAAGCACUAUAUCGCAUUUCCUGAUCACAAAGACUCAAUUCAAAAAAGUCAAUCGCAAACGAACGGCCUUUCGAAUGGGACAAAUAGUUUUCUUUUUGAUGAACUCAUGAAAUUUGUGGGCCGGGCAUCACAGACCGAACGAAUAUCAAUGUUCUUGGCAGAAAUCUCAAAUUUUGUUAAUACUGUUCAUUUAAUUAAACCAAAAAUCUUGCAAACAGAACAAGGCACACAUCCAUCGACUGAAUAUUAUGUAGAUAAGAAUGUGUCGAAAAUUCUCGAAUUACCUGAAGGUUUGGUUCAACUCAACGAUAAAGCAUUUGACGAUAACGUUCAACAAAACAAUAACACUUUCGGACCGUAUAUUAAAAAAGACCAACCGAAAUGUUUAGAUAGACCAACAGACAUUUCAAAUUUGCAACCACUCGGAUACAAUUUGAAUCUCUUUCCGCAAGUCAAUGAAGUUAGUUAUGAUCAAAUCACUGAUAAUGCUGUUGAGGCGGAACUUGGAAAGUCUAGUGGAAACGAUUCUGUUGGUGAUUUAACACAUGCAACAGACAUACCUUUAGAUAUGUUUUCAUUCAACAACAUAAAUAAUCAACAAAGCUGAAUUUUUAUGAAUGAAUAUUGUUUAUUUAAUGAUAAAAUAAAAUAAAAUAAAAUAGUUUUUAAUGCAUUUUGUUUGCGGACGUUAGAUGUGUAGACUUUAAGUUGAUAUCGUCUUAAUUUAUAUAUUAGUAUUGCCGGCACAAUGAAUAAUAACGGCACGUCCGGAACAUUUAAAUUAGAACUAACAGAUUUCAUAUUUCGAAG